AGGAGAUUCGUUAGAAUAGAUUGAGUGAGUUAAUUUUUGGGGAAGGACUGAUGGGUUUGUUGGGGUUGGAAUUUUAAUUAGUUUCAGUUUUGAGAAUAUUGCCUGAAAAACCCGUAAUUUUUUGUAUGGAAACUUGGUUAUUUUCAUUUCAUUUUUGAUUUUUAAAAUUUUCUGUUAAGGCUCACCGUUUGAAUAUUUUUAUUUUAGAUUUUUUUUGUUUAGAAAAUGUAUCCUUCAACGUUUACUAAAUUUACUUUACUUCCAAAAUGCUUGUUCAAUCGUUUGACUCGAACAGUUUAUGGAUCUGGUCUUUGCUCAACUGGCGCUUUAGCAAUAGAAAAGCUUAUGACUCAACUUGUUCCUUUUAAAUUAGGAAAAAUUGAUGGAGCUGAAGCAACUGGAGUUUCAUGUAUUGUUUGUAAUUCUGACGGUCAAAUCUUCACUUGGGGUUCUCAUGUACUCGGUUUUGGACCAAAAAUUGAAAAAUUAACAAAGCCAAUGCAAAUUGACCCGCCUUUAUUUACUUCAGCAAUGAAUGAAAAAAAUCGGGUUAAGGUUUUUGCUGGUGGUAGUUGUAUGGGAGCAUUGACUGAAGCGGGACAUUUGUUAACUUGGAGUUCAAACAAACACGGUGUUUUGGCACUCUCUCAUCGAAAUCAUCAAUAUUUUCCAUCUACACUUACUUUCAAACGUUCCUUUCACAGUGGAAAUGUUAAACCAAAAGGAAUUUUUCAAAAUUUUAAGGAUCUUUUUAAACGUUAUUGGUACAUUGCUCUCCCAGUUCAUUUGAUACUUUCAAUUUUAUGGUUUUCUAUUUUUUAUUCAACAUUGCAUUUGUUAUUAUUGAUGGACUAUGAUGUUAUUAGUUUACUUGAGUUUUUACGGUUGCCUCAAAAUUGGAUUCAAAAAAUGAGAGAUUUGCCUAAAUCAGCAGGGACGUUGACAGCUACAUUAAUUCUUUUCAAGUUAUUUGCUCCAUUACGUUAUGCAUCUACAAUAUUCUGUACAUACAAAUUAAUAAAAUUGCUUAAACGGGCAAAAUAA